GCAAGCAGAGCUGAGUGGGACUGUGUGAGAAGAGGCACACCACAGCCACUCCACGGAGAGCCAACACAGGAGAAGAGUUUGCAAGGAGACAAUAAUAGCAAGAACACAGCUUUUUUUUUUGGGAUAUCAAACUAACAAAGAAAAAAAAAGGAUUUGUCUCGCUUUGCUCCCCCCAAAAAAGGAAAUUAUUUAUAUUCACAGCAAAUAUUGACAUUUUUGUGGUGUUUUUUGCAGUGAAUAAAAGGAAUAAAAUAAAAGCCAGACUGGGAUGCCAGACAGAGGUUUCGGAGCAGGCAUGGGCAAGCUGACUGGUCCGCCACUCUGGAUGUGGAGCUUGAUGAUGCUCUCUUGUGUCCUGCUGAUGGGCAGCGCUGGAGCCUGCCCUGCCUUGUGUACCUGCAGUGGCACCACAGUCGACUGCCACGGACUGGGGCUCAGGACCAUGCCGAGGAAUAUCCCACGCAACACCGAGAGACUGGAACUGAAUGGCAACAAUCUGACACGCAUCACCAAGAGUGACUUUGCUGGGCUCAAGUACAUCAGAGUUCUGCAGUUGAUGGAGAAUCAGAUUACUGUGAUCGAGCGUGGGGCUUUCGAUGACAUGAAGGAGCUUGAGCGGCUGCGACUGAACCGUAAUCAACUGCAGCAGCUUCCAGAGUUGCUGUUUCAGAAGAACCCUGGCCUGUCUCGACUAGAUUUGAGCGAGAACUUUAUCCUGUCCAUCCCGAGAAAAGCUUUCAGAGGAGCAACAGACAUCAAGAACCUUCAGCUGGAUAAGAACCACAUCGCCUGCAUCGAGGACGGCGCCUUCAGAGCUCUGAGAGGCUUGGAAGUGCUAACUCUGAACAACAACAACAUCAGCAGCAUCCCGGUUUCCAGCUUCAACCACAUGCCCAAACUCCGAACCUUCCGUCUCCACUCCAACAAUCUCAACUGUGACUGUCAUCUGGCCUGGUUGGCCCAGUGGCUCAGACAGCGGCCCACCAUUGGUCUCUUCACUCAGUGCACAGCACCGCCCGAACUCAAAGGUCUCAAUGUGGCCGAAGUGCAGAAACAUGAAUUCAGCUGCUCGGGUCACCAGGAUUCUUCUAGCCCACAGCCGUGCAACACAGGUGGAGGCUCCUGUCCCGCCAUGUGUACCUGCAGCAAUAACAUUGUGGACUGCAGAGGGAAAGGCCUGACUGACAUUCCAGCCAACCUGCCAGACAGCAUGGCCGAAAUACGUCUGGAGCAGAAUGGGAUUAAAGCAGUUCCUCCUGGAGCCUUCUCGCCUUACAAGAAGCUGCGCAGGAUAGACCUGAGCAACAACCAGAUCUCCGAGAUAGCUCCCGACGCCUUCCAAGGCCUGCGCUCCCUCAACUCCCUCGUACUGUAUGGAAAUAAGAUCACCGACCUGCCCAAGGGUGUCUUUGAUGGCCUCUACGCCCUGCAACUGCUUUUGCUGAAUGCCAACAAGAUCCACUGCGUCCGUGCCAACACCUUCCAGGACCUGCAGAACCUCUCGCUACUGUCACUGUACGACAAUAAGAUCCAAACUCUAGCCAAGGGCACUUUCACGUCACUGCGAGCCAUACAGACUCUUCACCUGGCCCAGAAUCCAUUUAUCUGUGACUGUAAUUUGAAAUGGUUGGCUGACUACCUGCGCUCCAACCCCAUCGAGACCAGCGGUGCCCGUUGUGCCAGCCCUCGCCGGUUGGCCAACAAACGCAUUGGACAGAUCAAGAGCAAGAAAUUCCGCUGCUCUGCCAAAGAGCAGUACAUCAUCCCAGGUGCCGAAGAUUCCCGUCUGAAUAACGCCUGUAACAGCGAUCCGGUGUGUCCUGCCAAGUGUCGCUGUGAGUCCAACGUUGUGGACUGCUCCAAUCUGAAGCUCACCAAGAUCCCUGAGCACAUCCCAUCAUCCACCACUGAGCUACGCCUCAACAACAAUGACAUCACUACUCUGGAGGCCACUGGAGCCUUCAAGAGCCUUACCCAGCUGAAGAAAAUUAACCUCAGCAACAACAAGAUCACAGAAAUUGAAGAUGGUGCUUUCGAGGGCGCCUCAUCCGUCAAUGAGCUUCAUCUCACGGCCAAUCAAAUCGACACGGUUCGGAGCGAGAUGUUCCGCGGCCUGGAGGGACUGCGCAUGCUGAUGCUGAGGAACAACAAAAUCAGCUGCAUCCACAAUGACAGCUUCACAGGUCUACACAACGUGCGUCUGCUGUCUCUGUAUGACAACCAGUUGACCACCAUCACCCCUGGAGCCUUCGAUACGCUGCAGACCCUCUCCACCCUGAACCUUCUGGCUAACUCCUUCAACUGUGACUGCCGGCUGUCCUGGCUGGGAGACUGGCUGAGGAGCAGGAAGAUUGUCACUGGGAACCCUCGCUGCCAACGCCCUGCUUUCUUGAAGGAGAUCCCUCUGCAGGAUGUGGCUCUGCCUGAUUUCCGCUGUGAGGAAGGCUAUGAGGAGUCAAGCUGCGUGCCCAGACCUCAGUGCCCCGGUGAGUGCACUUGCCUGGAGACGGUGGUGCGCUGCAGUAACAAGCACCUCCACACGCUGCCAAAAGGAAUCCCCAGAAAUGUGACUGAACUGUAUCUGGAUGGGAACCAGUUCAGCGUGGUACCAAAAGAGCUCUCUUCGUUCAAGUUCCUUCAGCUGGUGGACUUAAGCAACAACAGGAUCAACUCUUUGACCAACUCGUCCUUUGCCAACAUGAGCCAGCUCACCACGUUAAUCCUGAGCUACAACUCCUUGCGCUGCAUUCCCAAAAUGGCCUUCAGUGGACUGCACUCCCUCCGUCUGCUGUCUCUCCAUGGCAACGAGAUCUCUGAGCUUCCUGAUGGCAUCUUUGGUGACGUGGCCUCUCUUUCCCACUUAGCAAUCGGUGCCAACCCUCUCUACUGUGACUGCCGUCUGCGUUGGUUGUCAGACUGGGUCAAAACCGGCUACAAAGAGCCCGGUAUUGCCCGCUGUGCUGGUCCACAUGGUCUGGAGGGCAAGCUGCUCCUCACUACACCCGCCAAGAAAUUUGAAUGCACAGGUGAGGUGGACACCGCUGUUCUGGCCAAGUGCAACCCCUGUCUGUCCGGUCCGUGUCAGAACCACGGCGUGUGUCAUACUGACCCAGUGGACAUCUACAGGUGUAGCUGUCCUCCGGGAUUCAAGGGCAAGAACUGCGAAACAGCUCUGAAUGCUUGUGUGAGCAACCCCUGUGCCAAUGGUGGCAAGUGUCAAGUGAAUGAAGAAGAGGAGGGAGAGUACAGCUGCACGUGCCCUACCGGUUUCGAGGGUCCCACCUGCCAAAGCAACAUCGACGACUGCGAAGACAACGACUGUGAGAACGGCGCCACCUGCGUGGACGGAGUCAACAACUACACUUGUUUUUGUCCGCCAUACUACACGGGGGAGAUGUGUGAAGAAAUGGAGGACGUGUGCGCCCCAGGAAGAAGUCCAUGCCAACAUCACUCUACCUGCCUCAUCACCUCCUCUGGGCCCAAGUGUGUCUGCUCUCCUGGUUACGUUGGUGAUGACUGCAGUGUAGACUACAACGACUGCCAGGAGCAUCGCUGUCAGAACGGAGCUGAGUGUGUGGACGAGCUCAACAGCUACACCUGCCAAUGUCCUGAAGGUUACAGUGGUCAGCUGUGUGAAAUCGCUCCAUCGCUGUUGUCCUUGUGUGAGCUGGCCGACUGCCAGAACGACGCCCCCUGUGUGGAGCGGGGCGGUCGUGCACUCUGCCAGUGUCCUCCUGAGUUUGGCGGCCCUCGCUGCGAGAAGCUGGUCAGCGUCAACUUCGUGGACAGAGACUCGUACUUGCUGCUGUCUGACCUGAAGAACUGGCCUCAGGCUAACAUCACCCUGCAGGUGUCCACAGCGGAGGACAAUGGGAUUCUCUUAUACAAUGGAGACAACGAUCAUAUCGCAGUGGAGCUCUACCAAGGUCAUGUAAAGGUCAGCUAUGACCCAGGUAGCCAGCCGGGCCACGCCAUCUACAGCACAGAGACCAUCAACGAUGGUCAGUUCCACACGGUGGAGCUCGUCACCUUUGACCAGAUGGUCAACCUGUCCAUUGACGGGGGUCUCCCCACCACCAUGGACAGUUUGGGGGUGGUGCGACCCCUCAACGGAGAGGCUCCACUAUACGUGGGGGGUAGGGGCCCUCUCCAGAACACACCUCCCUCCUCUUCAGGUAUGCCAGUCGGAGUCCACUCCAGCGCCUUCCGCCUGUGGCAGAUCCAGAACAGCUCCAGUUUCCACGGCUGCAUCCAGAACCUGUACAUCAACAACGAGUUGCAGGACUUCACCAAGACCCAGAUGAAACCCGGCGUGGUACCGGGCUGCGAGCCCUGCAAGAAGAUCUACUGCGUUCACGGCAUCUGCCAGCCCGAUGGGCUCCAGGGCCCCGUGUGCCACUGCCAGCCGGGCUGGACCGGGCCGCAAUGCGACGAGCCGGCCACCAACCCGUGCCAAGGCAGCAAGUGCGUCCACGGACGCUGCAUUCCACUGGACACCCAGUCGUACCGCUGCGAGUGCAGCGAGGGCUACCGUGGCGCACUUUGCAACCAGCAGGGGGAGCUGUUCAAUCCUUGCCGCCGUUUGGCGUGCAAGCAUGGCCGCUGCCAGAUCUCAGACACGGGAGACGCCUACUGUCACUGCGAAAGCGGCUACACGGGACAACUCUGUGACGCAGAGUCGGAGUGUCGAGGUGAGCCGAUGCGAGACUUCUACCAGGUGCAGCGGGGCUACGCCAUCUGCCAAACGACGCGCAUGGUGUCCUGGGUGGAAUGCAGCGGCGUGUGCGAGGCGGGCGCCUGCUGCGCCAGCCAGCGGAUGAAACGUCGGAAAUACACAUUCGAGUGCAGCGAUGGCACCUCCUUCAGCGAGGAGGUGGAAAAGACCAUCAAGUGCGGCUGCAUGGGUUGCGUCUAGCGCGGCCUCGCGGACGCCAGAAGAGAGCAAGAAAGGAAGAAGGGAUGGAAUAGAGAGAUUCUAAAGAAGAUAUAUAAAACCUCUAUCUAUAUAUUAAGGACUACAAUGCUUGUAAAAUAGGACAUGUGACCUACAAGUAUCACAACACCCUGAGCGUCAACUAAAAAAAAGGCUCCAGAGAUUUCCAAUUGAGUGAUGAGGCGUCACUCCUGCUCCUUUUCCCCAGUGUGAACCCCCCCUAAAAAACACAACAGCCACCAUUGAGGACAGUGGGGUGCAGCCUGGCUCGGUUAUGGACGAGAGGGAGAUGCGGGAAAAUAAAUACGGACGCACAUGAAGAGAGCUGGAUGAAGUUGGCCAUGUGACAGGAAGUGAUCGGAGGCUUUCAAGUUGUUUUGUCGACCAUCCACACACACACAAGAGAAGAAGAAGAAGGCACAUAAUCAUAAGAAGUGCGGAUGUGGCGACUUUUAAGAGGCACACACACACACACAGACACACACUUAUAUCACAUUUAUACCGCUGCCCUCCAGCAGGGGGCCUCCUCUUUGACGCUUGCAGUAUUAGAAAAGCGAGGAAGAUUGCCAAUUAACAUGGAAAAUCCUGAAGAAUCACCUGUUUUAUUUUUGAUUUCCUCAUAUUGUUGUUUUUUUUCUAUUUUAUUUCACCAUGUAACCCUAAAAAUACUCCCCCAUUUAUAUAGAAAUGCCUAACAGAUUCUAAUAUAUAUAUAUUUGUAUUUGGUUUUUUUGGUAUAGUAUUUUUCUAUGUUAAAGAGUAAGUGUGUUUCUGAAAGGCUGGUGGAACGAUUUUUCAUUUUGUGUUUUUUUUUUUCAACAUUUUAAGAAGUAGUAAUAGGUCACACACACACAUGCACACACACACAGACACACACAUACACAUUGUAUAGGAGCCACUGGUGGUCUUGCUCUAGAAAUAUGUUUGAUAUUGUAUAUGUUGUCUUCCAUGUGAAUAUUACAUCCAAUUCAUGAGCGCCUCUGCUUGUUUUUAAUUUAUUUUGCGGUGAUUUUUCUUGUAUCGCAUUUUUGUGAUAUUUUCCAAAACAUGAAAAAAAGGAAUAUUAGGGCCACUUUGAAAAACUGAAAAAAAAAUCUGAGAUUUCAAGAGUUGUGCGAGGUCAGAAAUUUUCAAGAAAAGAAAUUUAUAAUUUUGAGAAUAAAGUCAUACAUGUACAAAAUAUUUUUACAAAAAAAAUGUACAUUUACAAGAAUAAAGUAGUACAUUUUGAAAAUUAGCAAAUAAAAAAUCUGAAUUUUGAGAAUAAAAUGAUACAUUUUCAAGAAAAAAAUUGUAAAUUUAUGAGCGAAAAAGUCGGAAAUGUAGAAGAAUAGUCGUUUAUGAGAAAAAUUGGUAAAAUUUAUGAAAAAGUGAUACAUUUACCAGACUAAAGGUGUAAACUUAUGAGAAAAAAGUCGUACUUUUUUCGUAACUUUCAUAUUCAGAGAAUAAAGUUGUAAAUGUACGAAAAAAAAAUUAUAAUUUGGUAAUUUACAAGAAUAACAAAUCACAAGGUCACAAAGUCACAAAUGUAUGAAUAAAAGUCGUACAUUUUUUUUUAGAAAAAAGUAGUUAAUAUUCCGAGAAUGUAGUUAUAAUUUACAAGAAAAAAGUGAUUAAUUAAUAAAAGAAUAAACAAGAAUAAAAGUUGUAAAUUUUCAAGAAAGUUAUAAUUUGGCAAUAAAGUCAUACAUUUACAACACAUACAUUUUUGAAAACUAAGUGGUAAUUUUUUUUUUAAAGUCAUAAAAGUAAUACAUUUACGAGAAAAAAGUUUAACAUUUUACAGCAAAACGGAGUCGAUCAUUUUGGAUUUGGAUUAAAAUUACUUACUUCUCGUAAAUGUAUGACUUUUUUCUCCUACAUUUAGGACUUUAUACUUUCGAAAUCUCAGAUUUUUUUUCUCGAUGUAGCACUAAUACUCUGUCGUAGAAGAAAAAGGGUAAAAUUGAUUUAAAAAAAGAACUUUAAAAAAAGCAAUAGGUCACCAUCACCAUCCCGCCACUGAAAUAUUUCUAUAGGUUUCGCUGAGGUGCUUCUACCGCUCCACCGCAUCAUAAGCUGCUGUCAUACGACGCUUCCUGUGUUAAGUUAACGUGUUUGACAAAAUAACACAACGGCGUGAAGCGUUCCAAGGUUUUCCAUAGCUGGUGAGACACGUUAUAAGAAAAAGAAUUGCUAAGUUGAGGUGCCAUUUGCAGUGAGCACAUAGCUGAAUGUAUAAAAAUGUACAGAUAAUAAAUAUGCUUAUUCAUGAAGUGGUAGCUGUCAUUUAGUUUGCAUUGUAAAAUGAUAGAAUUGAUCACAUUCUGGGUUUGUUUGUUUUUUUUUUUGUUUUUUGGGGGUUUCUGAUUGAUGAGUCUGGCUUCAAUGUGAACCAUCCUGGUGAACAUGUGACCCCCCCCGGCAGUGUACAGUAUGGGUGCUCACUGUCCUCCUUUAUAGGUGGUGUGCCUCGUAAAGGCGCAAUUUUGUGGAAUGUGACUUUUUUCUAUUUUAGGUUUUGGUACACGUCUCCUUGUUGUGCACUCAUCCGUAGCAGACGAGUGCAAAGUACAACUUCCUGGUAGACAUUUAGUGGUGCUUGUGCUAUAUUGACAAACCAUCCAAUGAACUAGAAUAUACAGUACAUACAUAUGUUGAUGUAAACCACACUAUGUUGUAAAAAGAUUUAUUCCUGCUUCUCUGUCACAGGACUGAUGCGGGCUUGAAGUGAAAGAGUCGCAAUGAUGCUGAAUGUAUGUAGUGCCACCGACAAAAUGUUUACCAAACCUCCACUCUCUUUUCAUUAAACUUAAAUGUGUGUGCUUUUACCAGCUCUGUCUUU